AUGAUUCGCUCGUCCCACGUGGCGAAAUGGAGGAAUCCUACAGGAUCAGCAGGCCUCGCCAAACGCACAGGCAGCCCGCAGGCAACAAUAGACAACGACGACAUCGCUUCUGAGAUUAUGGUGCCGAAUAUUCUGCCCGACUGGGCCAGAGUAGCCUUGACUGCAGUAACCGUUGUGUCAUAUCUCCCUCAGUACCAUCGCAUACUCGAACAGGGCGACAGCGAAGGGCUUUCCCUCUACUACGUCUUGUUCAAUCUCAUCAGCGCGACGGAACAACUAACCGUCGGCUUCUUUCUCAAUGUCAACAACACCGGCUCGCCCAGGGAGGAUGUCUUCGUCAAUAACCCGGCCACGGCGGGCGACUGGUUCAACCUAGCCCAGCUCGCGAUCGUCUGGAUUUGUUCGCUUGUCCUACUCAUCCUCUGCUUCCGCUACUCGGCCACCGAUGGAAGACGACUGACCAGGGACAUCACAUCGGCCACCUACAUCUUCGUCCUCUCCAUCUCUCUCGUCCCGGUUGUAUUUGACGCCGCCAACCCGGACCCUCGGUCAGAGCCCCGACGCUGGGCUCAAGAGAUUUUCCUCUUCGCUCACUACCUCUUCUUCCUGCCGCUGUCCAGCAUACUCAUCCUUGCGGCGGUCAUCCCCCAAAUUCGCAUGACACGAAAGAGAGGAAGCCCCGGUGCCUUGAGCUUGCCAGGUUUAGCCGGACAAGCGGUCGUAUUUGCAAUCUUGGCGAUUUCCUGGAUGAUUCGGGUCAAGUACCCUCCCUACCUGCCAUCUUGGGAUGAGUGGUACCGUCUGACCGGAUGGCCCGUGGUGAAUAACGGCUUCUUUGCUCUGGGACAGCUUCUUUUACUCUGGAUCGCAACUCGUGGUUAUGGGGGAGAUGCUGACAGCAUUGCGAGUGCUGAGACGCAGCCUUUGUUGUCGGACGGAUGA